CUUCCUAGCUAGCAACUACUUUAUAUUCGUCAAAGUUUCACAAAUGCUUCUACUAUGCAAUGAGCAUCAUAAGGGAGUCGGACUGAGGGAUUGAAAUGCAAUCAUUUGCAUUCAAUUUGCUAUCAACUUCGCCUUCGCAUUAACACAUACGGAAAGCAAUCUCCGCUGUCAUUUAUCCUCAAGUCAUCGCAAUGCCGCCCAACACGUUUGACGAAGUUCUGGGUUUGGAAGAGGAGUUUUACGCUACUGGAUUUCAGCAAGGACUAACAGACGGACUCAAAGCUGGGAGGAUCGAAGGCCGAACAUUUGGACUUGAGAAAGGCUUCGAGAAAUACGUGGAGAGUGGGAAACUGCACGGCAGAUCGCUUAUAUGGUCAAAUCAGGUUCGCUCCUCUAAGUCGACCGCUCAGCAAAAGCGAGUAGUCACAGACACACCGAUACCACGCCCCAGCUCGCCCGUGUCUGAGCCUGCCACGUUAUCACCAACGUCACUUCCACGUCUUCCCAGCAAUCAACGACUGUUGAAACACAUCAAAGUUCUACACGCUUUGUCGGAGCCAGAGAGCCUGUCUACUGAGAACGAUGAGGAAUCUGUGACAGAUUUCGAUGAUCGACUGAAGAGAGCUCAAGGGAAGGCAAAGGUCAUCGAGAGAAUUGUGGGAGGGGCGAAUGGUGACAAUAUGGGAAUUGGUGCAGAGCUCUGAAAAAUAGAUGUCUGCCCCACCUUGUGUAUGAUCAAUGCUUGACCCAUCACUUUAGUGCC